AUGUCCAAGCUUUUCAGAAUCGACUGCGGCUUUCAGAACUACGACUGGGGCAAGGUCGGCUCAUCUUCAGCCGUGGCUCAGUUCGCUGCCAAAUCGAACCCUGAGACCAAAAUCGACGAGUUCAAGCCGUACGCUGAGCUUUGGAUGGGCACUCACCCUUCUGUUCCUUCAAAGGUUGUGGACGACAAUAAGCUUUCGGGCCAGGUUUUGAGAGACGUCGUUUCCUCUGACGCCAACCUGUAUUUGCAUCCCUCUGUGGUGGAGAAGUUUGGCUCUGACAAGGAGUUGCCUUUCUUGUUCAAGGUCUUGUCUAUCGAGAAGGUCUUGUCGAUCCAGGCUCACCCAGACAAGGCUUUGGCUAAACAGCUUCACGCUAGCGACCCCAAGAACUACCCAGACGACAACCACAAGCCAGAAAUGGCCAUUGCAGUCACUGACUUCGAAGGUUUCUGCGGCUUCAAGCCUUUGGACCAGAUCGCUGCCACCUUGAAGGCCGUUCCAGAGCUUUACGAGAUUGUGGGCUCUGAGAUCGCCACUGAGUUUAUUAACAACAUCAAGCCUAACGUCGAGGUUGGCUCUGAAGACGACAAGCUGAACAGAAAGCUCCUUCAAAAGGUGUUCGGUGCGUUGAUGAACACCGACGACAAGACGAUUGAGGAGAAAGCCACCAAGUUGGUUGAGAAAGCAGAGACGCAACCUGCCCUUUUCGACCAAUUGGCACCAAACUUGGCCAACUUGAUCCUCAGGUUGAACAAACAGUUCCCCAAAGACAUUGGCUUGUUCUGUGGCUGCUUGUUAUUGAACCACGUUUUGCUCAAUGCCGGCGAGGCCAUGUUCUUGCAAGCCAAGGACCCUCACGCCUACAUUUCGGGCGAUAUCAUCGAGUGCAUGGCUGCCAGUGACAACGUCGUGAGAGCCGGAUUUACCCCCAAGUUCAAGGAUGUCAAGAACUUGGUUGAUAUGUUGACGUAUUCCUACGAGUCCGUGGAAAAGCAGAAGAUGCCAUUGUUGCCAUUCGAGCGCUCCAGAGGUGACGCCGUCAAGUCGGUCUUGUACGACCCACCAAUUGCCGAGUUCGCUGUUUUGCAGACCAUUUUCGACAAGAAGGCUGGCCAGAAACAGGAAUUCGAUGGUUUCAACGGUCCCUCUGUGGUUAUUGCUACCAACGGUAACGGUACCAUUCGUGUCAAGGGCGGUGAGACCAAGAAGGUGGAGAGAGGAUAUGUCUACUUUGUCGCUCCAGAGACGGCGGUCGAGUUGGAGUCAUCGUCUACCGAUGAGCCAUUCACGACAUACAGAGCAUUUGUCGAGGCAUAA